UCCAAAGUAGUCCCUCGCUUACGCUGGCUGUCCUCCCUCUUUCUCCCAUGGCGCACGGCUGAUGGCUGCCCUUUGCGGUCCGCCGCCGGCGACUUGGACUUUCCGGCAAACCGCGGCUUGUGGCGCAGGCGGAAUGCCCUGUCGUACCUACCCUCUUCGUGGAUGUCCUUGUGCGCCUGCUCCUCUCCUCCGCCUACUCCUCCAUGCUCCGCGCCCUCCUUCCCUUCUCCGCCUCCGGCAGCGGCGGGCGGGCGGUGCGGUACGGGGUUUCGACGGGGCUCGAGGUCGAGAGGUUACUGUGCUAUGUGCCUCACAGAGGGUUCAGCAAUCAGGUGAGCGAGCUCCGGAACGCCGCAAUGGCCGCCUCGCUGCUCAACCGCACGCUCGUCGUGCCCACCGUGCUCGACCGCCACGCCGUCGUACUCCGGAGCUGCCCCCAAGUUCGGGGUCGCCAACCCCGCCGCGCUCCGCGCCGCCGUCUGGAACCAGGACAUGCAUUGCAGCUCCUCCGGGAGGGAGCUUUGAUUGCUGCAGGCCAGAGAGAACUUGAGGAUUCAGCAUGAAAAAAUGCUUUCUACUCUGCAGAGCCUGGAAGAAAAAAGGAAGAAUAGUGCCAAGCUGGACAAGAUCAAGGCUUCCAUAAACAAGUUUCAAUCAUUGAUCAUCGCUACUUCACAUGCUGCCACUAGUACAUCUCAGCCAUUAUCAGAGUCUGUGACAGCGAGCUUGCACCAGAGCUUGCCGAGCUUUGUUUUGCGCGAGUCUUAUUCCCAGUUUCCACAUCCCUGAUUCCAGAUUUUGUGCUGCUGCUCGGAAGUAGUUAAUUGUUUCUGAAUAUUAACGUGCAGGCUAUGGAGCAUUACUAUGACAUCCAGAAUGAAAUUGUUCAGUAAGUCAGUGGUCUGGUGGACAAUUCCUUGGCUGACUCAACAUCGGACCUUCAUAGGCUUUCAACCGUGAUCUUGAGGCUGCUGUCUUGGCAUGGCACUGGACCGGCUUCCAGAUUCUGUGGUUUCAGAGGCUACCAAGAUCGCCCUAUAUCGUCGAAGACAGAGGUUCAGAUGACGAAACAUGCUAAGGCUAUUGAGAUCACAAGAUCAAUGAACAACAUACUACAACUUCGCUUUCCAACCAGCAGCAACUCCGCGCGACUGGUCAGCAUAACACGUUGAAUCAUGCGCUUAGAGGCUUGAUCGCUCUCUCUACACUUCUCCUGCCAAGAUUCAUGAAGCAACCCUUCUCGCUGAAAUGAGAUCGAGUUGUUUAGUGUUUCCCUUACGAAAAAAGGGAGUUUGUUUAGUGAAGAGAUCAAUGUUCUAUUUUGGGAAAUCCUAUUUUGGGAAAAAUUAGAAUUAAUGCUUUAUAUUCCGUGGCAUGAUUAGCUACCAUUUAUGCCAAGGAUAAGCUUGGGUUAGUCACCUGAACCUGUCCAACACAAGGUAUGUACUUAGCAUUGUCGUAUAGCAUUUAGUUAUCAAAGUAUCAUCAGCAAAUAAUUAGGCAUGUAAUUAGGAAUAAUCUGUUUCACCUAAACGUAAACGCUUCAAAAAGGUGAAGAUAAAGUAGUUUGGUAGCCUAAAGCAAACGUGUUCAAAGAUUCUUCUGGUGGGAUCCAGUACCCCUGCAUACUUACUAAAGCAUUUUCAUUUGUUGUUGCUUCAAAUGUCAUACUUCAUCCAAAUUACUUGGCUCACAAUAAUGACGAGUUCACAACCUCUAUUGGCAAUCCUUGUUAGGCAGGUACACAGAUGAGUCAUGAGACACAUCCACACUCUAACGACUCUUUAUAUUCCUUGCAUUCAUUGCCAAGCUAAUGUAUGAGCUAGCUAAGGAUAGCAUAUAUAUAGCUGGCUUGAAAAGAAGAUUCAUCACAAAUCCAUAAAAGAGCUACGUACCAUGGGUGCAUACACAACCAUAACCCCAAUUGUCAGCAAGAUCUUCUGCAGUUCUUUGCAUGCCGUGCUGAUGGUGCGCAGGCGUCCUCCUACCGUGAGUGGUGGCGGCUUCGUUGUCACAGACAGGGAGCAGAGGAUCAUUUUCAGCGUGGAUGGCUGUGGAAUCAUCGGCGCUAGCGGGCAACUGGUUGUCAGGGAUGGGGAUGGCAAUGCUAUCCUCUUCAUUCACAAGAAGGGAGGUGUUGUUCAAGCAUUGAGCGUUAACAACUGGUGGAGAGGAUAUCUGACUGACUAUGGUGAACCAAGCAAGCCGGUUUUCAGCUUGCAGGAUCCUAAGCCUGUCCUCUGUAUGAAGGGUGAUGUUCGGGUCACUGUCGAACCGAAAGGAAGAAAGAGGCACUGGGACUAUGAGGUGAUUGGAUCCUUUGCUCAGAGAUCUUGCGCCAUCAAGAGCCGAGCAGGCCACGUCGUGGCGCAGAUUGGAGUGACGGGGAUGAUGGCCGGCAAGGACUUCUAUCAAGUGGUGGUGCAACCAGGUUAUGACCAGGCCUUUGUGGUUGGCGUGAUCGCCAUUCUUGACAACAUGCAUGGAGAGUCCACUAGGUGUUGAUAGUAGACAUGAUAACAAUGUAGCUGCUUGGCUGCUUGUAUCUAUCUGUCGAUCAGAUUCAUCAUAUUAGCAAAUUGUUAGGAUACAAUUGUGUAGCUUGAUUAUUCAUCGGGCAUUACUUUCUUACUUUACCUUUCUUACUACAUGGUAUGUAUGAUAUGAAAAUGUUGUAAAUUGGUGUUGAAGAUUAUUACUUUACUUUACAUGCAAAGAAUCUGU